CAAGACUUUCCGAGACACACAGACACACUCUUUGACCCUUCUCUCUCCAUAAAUUUCAUUCAAAUCUCUUUCUAGAAGUAAAUGCGCUUCACGCUUCCCCCAUCUAAAACUCCAAAAUAACUUCUAACAACUUUUAAAAACCCUUUGAUUUCACUUCAAAUUGCACCAGUUAGCUGGUUGUUCGACCUCCAUGUCAUAAUUUUCAAGUCUCUCUGGAUCUGAUUCCUGCCUAAACCUUGGAUUCUUUUCAGAGAAGAGGGUUUUCAGUUUGGGCCAAUUUUAAUUUGACAAAGUAUUUGGAGUUUGUCAGUCGAUGGUGAUAUGGGUUAUCAAACUUCAGACUUGGGUCCUGAUUGAAGCCGGGGAAAGAAAUUGGCACUUUUAGUGGAUAUCUUUCGCGAAAUUUGGGGAAUAUUUAGUUACUGAUUGAAGCUAGGGUUUGUCGUAGAGGAGGAGAAAGUAUUUCAUGAAAUCUUGAAGGAAAAUGUUUUAUUCGCAGUUUAUAUUAGCAAAAAAAGGUCCUUUAGGGACAAUAUGGAUUGCAGCACAUCUGGAGAGGAAGCUCCGCAAAAAUCAGGUUGCAGAUACUGAUAUUGGCUUCUCUGUAGACUCGAUUCUUUUCCCUGAGAUGCCAAUUGCACUCCGGUUGUCCAGCCAUCUUUUGCUUGGUGUGGUUAGGAUAUACUCAAGAAAGGUAAAUUACCUUUUUGAUGAUUGCAGUGAGGCUUUGCUUAAAGUAAAGCAAGCUUUUCGGUCCACUGCUGUUGACUUACCACCUGAAGAAUCCACUGCUCCAUAUCACUCCAUCACCUUGCCAGAGACUUUUGAUCUAGAUGAUUUUGAGCUGCCAGACAGUGAGAUUUACCAGGGUAAUUAUGUUGAUCACCACAUUAGUUCAAAGGAACAGAUCACACUUCAAGAUACUAUGGAUGGUGUUGUUUACUCUACAUCUAACUUUGGACUUGAUGAGAGAUUUGGUGAUGGUGAUGCAUAUGGUUUGGACCUUGACGAGGAACUAUUGGUGGGGAAGGCUGCAUCUGCAGAAGAUGCUACUGGUACAUCGAAUUCAGAUGUUGAUCCUCAGGCAUCUGCCCAGGUUGAUGCAUUGUUCAAGUAUGAUCAUAAUCAGGAUACCCCAACUAUUCCCGAGGAUAUGCCAGCUGGCGAUAUUAUGAAUCAGCAUAUAGAUGAGUAUGAUGGAGAUAACGAUCCAGUUGAGUAUGCACAUGCUCCAUGUACUCCUGGACUAUGGGAAGAACCAAAUUUGUCCAACAUUCAAGAAACUUCUGCAUAUGAUGAUCAUCAAGAACCUGAAAAUCAUCCCAUAACAGAAUUUGCAGUGAAGGAGAAUUUAGAAAAUGACUCCAGUGAGCAACAUCAUAAUCAAUUUGAGCCACUUGAGAAAUCACCACCACACAUUGCAACAACAGAACAGUUGUCACUUGAGCAAUCACCACCACACAAUGUGACAUCAGCAGAACAGAUUUCACUUGAGAAAUCACCACCACACGUUGUGACAACUGAACAGAUGUCACUUGAGCAAUCACCACCACACAAUGUGACAUCAGCAGAACAGAUGUCAAUUGAGAAAUCACUACCACACAUUGUGACAACAGAACAGAUGUCAAUGUAUGAUCCUGGUUCAACACCUUUUACAGAAUCACAUAUGGUUGACCAAGUUAGGUCAAUGUCUCCAAUAGCAGAGGUGUCUGAAACUGUUGUUUCUGUGGUUGAUGAUCCUGUCAAAGUGGUGAAUUUGCUUAAUGAAAAUGCCACACACCAGGAGCCUGAAGUUCAGACUGUAGAUGAUAACUGUGAAAACUAUGUAGUAGAACAUCAAGGCAUGUCAAACAAUAUUACUUAUGUAGUCAAUCAUGAGAAUGCAUUCCACCCUACCAUGGAAUUGGAAUUAAACACUGAACCCUCUGAUGAACAACACAACCUUGUGACUCCCCAAGAUCAGGGUUUUAUGCAACCUAAAGAUUCCACAGUUCCAGUUCAGUCAACUCAUGACAACAUGCCAAAUUUUGACUUUAUGGGUCUUAGGCCAUGUGUCACUCUUUCGAAUCAUGAGAAUGCAUUCCAGCCUACCAGUUCUCUUCCACCAUCUGAAUUUACUUCCCUGCCCUUGCCCUCAGUUGAAACAUCUAGGAGGGAGGAACAGGAACACCCCAGUGCUCCCAUUUUGGUGCAAGGGGAAGUAGUACCACAAGCAGAUGCAACUGAACCAUUGGAAAGAAACUUGCAGGAAACAUAUCAUGCUGAAGUUGGUCCAAGUAAUACAGUAGUCCAGGUGGCAUCUAGCAUACUACCAAACAGACAGGUGGUCAAUGUAAUUGAAAGAGAUGUUCAGGUUUAUAAUACCAACAGCUACAUAUCAAACUUCCACCCCUCUGAGAAAGUGCUCUCUUUUUCACAAGGGCAUGAUAUAAUAGAAAGAGAAAGUACUACACCCAUACAUCAAAGCACAUUCACAUCUAGCAUUAGCAUAUCAAACAGACAGGUGGACAGUGUAAAUGAAAGAGAUGUUCAUUUAAAUAACAGCAACAGCUACACAACCAACUUCCCUGCCCCUGAGAAACUGCUCUCUUUUUCACAAGAUUUACCCAACAACAUGAACAUGAACAUGAACAUGCUACCAGAAACCACACCCAUCAUGGCACCACCAGGUUAUGGAGGUGAUGCUGGAACCAAUAAUAGGUAUUCAGGAAGAAAACGCAGUAUCACAGAAAGCUCAAUGUCAGCUCAGAGUUUGAAUCUCAAUUUAAAUGAAUCUUCCAGUUUUUACACCACAAACAACACGAAAGAAUCUUUUCGGGAUGAUGAUUUGUUGUCAUCGAUAUUAGUGGGAAGAAACACUUCAAUAUUAAAAAUGAAGUCCACUCCUACUCCUACUCCUACUCCUCCCACUGAGGCACCAUCUACAAAAAGAAGGCGGCAAUCUGCACCCAAGACUGCCAAAACUGGGAUUUCAAAAAGGAAGGUGCUCAUGGAUGAUAACAUGGUUUUGCAUGGCGACACAAUACGUCAGCAAUUGACAAACACAGAAGACAUUCGGAGAUUAAGAAAGAAAGCUCCUUGCACUCAUGCUGAAAUUUCAAUGAUUGAGAAACAGUUCUGGGAAGAUGAACUUUUUGGUAGAUCCAUAAUUACGGGAAUGUCAAUCAAAUUGACUUCUUUGCAGCGUCAAUUGUAUGAUAUAAGUAAAAUUGUUGUCUCCCAAUAUGAUAAUGCUUCUUUAGAAGGUGUAACAGACCAAAAAUCAAUUUCCCAAAAUGAUGAAAAGGACAUACAACCGGAAAUGGUGACUGAAAACACGGGUGUCUCUGUUGAGCCAGAUGUUCCUAAAGAAAACAAAGAUCAUGAUGAUAACUUUGAUCCUGUUCCCAUGAUAAUAGAUGUUUCUGAAGAAGCACAACCGGUGGAUGUUCCCAAAGAAGACAGAGAUGAGGAUAACUUUGAUCCUGUUGUUAUGAAAGAUAAAGAUGUUUCUGAAUCACAGCCAAUCGAUGUUCCUAAAGACAAUAGAGAUGAAGAUAACUUUGAUUCUGAAUCACAACCAAUCGAUGUUCCUAAAGAAAAUAGAGAUGAAAUCGAUGUUCCUAAAGAAAACAGAGAGGAGGAUAAUUUUGAUCCUGUUGUUAGGGAAGAUAAAGAUGUUUCUGAAGCACAACCAAUUGACAACAACACACAUGAUACUGAUAACAAUACCAGAUAUUUAGAUUAUUAUGAGAAUCAAGAACAGAUGCAUACAACUGGUGAUUUUACCCAACUCUUUGGUCCAGAACAUGAUAUUUUGGAGCAUGCUACUGCAAUGGAGAUGGAUGGCAAUAGCUUUCAAGAUGCUGAUGUUGGAGUUUCUGUUAUGCAUACCAAGGUUGAAUCUGAAUCACUGACACAUGCUGAUGUGGUCCCAAGUGAUACGAAUGACAUGUCAGCAGCAGCACCGGUUGAGGUUGAAAAGAGCAGCCAGAUGGUUGCUCCUCUGCUAAUGGGCCCACCACCAGGUUUCGGUGCAUAUGAAAGAAUAGAUGUACAGUCUGCUAAUAAUUCUAUUGAAAGCAAUGUUGCUUCUGAAAGAAAGGUUGAUGAUGAGUCAGUUAGAGAAGAAAGACAAGAAGUUGUUUUAGAUGCUUCCACUACGUUCUCUUCUGAGACUGAUGGCUUAAAAUCACACAUUCACAUUGAUAUCCUUGACACUGAAAUCAGUAACAAUGAGGAAGAGAACAACUUGGUCUCCAAUGGUGAUGUCUUUGGUGAAGCAGUUGAUGCUGUAGACAAUCAGGUGUUGGAAGACAUUUUAUUGGAUGAAAGAGAAAAGGCAGGUCAUGAUGUUACUACUACUUCAUUGAAUCUAGAAGAUAUCCCUACCGAUAACAGGGUUGAUGUUGAUGCUGAUGAUCAGGAUUAUAUGUAUUCUGGAGUUGCAAAUGAUACAGAUUUUCUGAAUUUUGAUGACGGGGAUGAUGACGAGGCUGGAGAAGCAGCUGAUGAUUACAUGCCUGAUGGGGAAGAAACAAAGAUGCUUGACAACAGUGGAUGGUCUUCGCGUACAAGGGCUGUUGCAAAAUACCUCCAGAUUAUGUUUGACAAGGAAGGAGAGCGUGGAAGGAAUUUGCUUGGUGUGAACAACCUGCUAGCUGGAAAAACACGCAGGGAAGCUUCAAGAAUGUUCUUUGAAACACUGGUUUUAAAGACAAAGGAUUACAUCCAUGUGGAACAGACGGAUCCGUUUGAAAACAUAAAUGUAUUUCCACGUUCCAAGCUUUUGAAAUCAGAAUUUUAAAGCAAAGAGGAGGAGAAGUUGAUUGUGGUUACUUAGGUCUUUUGUUACUUUGUUUAUGGUCUCAAGAGAGUAAAUUAAUUAGUUAUGUUGUUUUGGUAGAGUUAUAACAUGGACUGGAGUCGAAUAGAUGAAUCAUGUAGCAAACACACACAUUUAUUUAAUGCUUGUUAGAGGUUGUCAUGU